AUGGAUGAUGACCAAAAAGAGGGGGUUGCGCUGCGACUGGACGAGGUUCGAGUGCCGUAUCAUCAAGUAUCGGGCGUUAGAGUGCGGCUCGAGUGCCCCUUCAUACUGGAGGGAGAGGAACUCUAUUCCGUUAAAUGGUAUCGCGGAGCACAUGAGUUCUUCCGGUACGUGCCCGCCGAUACGCAGUACCGGAUGCAAAACUUCGAUUUGCCUGGAGUGAAAGUUGACACGACAGCAAGCGACGCCCGCGUGGUAGAACUGCUACCUGUGUCCCUACAGUCAUCGGGAUCCUACAAGUGUGAGGUGUCAGCCGAUAAUCCUUCCUUCUACACUACAUCUCAGUCCGCUAACAUGCUUGUCGUAGAACCACCUGCUGAGGCUCCGGUGAUUACGGGACUGAAGGAACGUUACGGGAAAGACGAAUACGUGAACGCCACUUGCAUCUCCUACAAGUCCCGACCUGCAGCCUCCCUCACCUGGUACAUCAACCAGAAACAGGCUCCCCGCCACCACCUGAUCCAGUACGCGCCGCGGCAGGAGGGGGGACUUGAGACCGCCUUGCUGGGCAUCUCCUUCAGGCUGACCCUGCGUCACGCCAUGCGUUCCAAGCUCGACUUCAACUGUACGGCGAGCAUCGCGGCCGUGUACUGGCGAUGGAGCGCUCACAGUGCUCAGGUGGUGGGCGCUCACGGUGAUGCGGCGAGCAGUGCUCUGGAGAGCAAAGUUGUGCUCAUGAAAGCUGAUAAAACCGAAACUUGGAUCUAA